GAAUCGUUUGUCACAGCAUCUGAUGUUUUAUUGAAGCUGUCGACUCAUCAUGAUGAACGUUCUGCUCCUGUUCUCCUGCAUCAUUACAGUUGUUGUAGGAGCUCCUGUUUCAGUUACAGGACACAGAGGAGAGACUGUUCACAUCACAUGUCCUUAUGAAUCUGGAUAUGAAACAAAUAAGAAGUAUUUGUGUAAAGGGGAUUGUAGACUUGUGAAUAAAGACAUAAUUGUUGAAUCAGGAUCUCCAGCUAAAGGCAAGAGAUUUUCUCUGAUUGAUGACAAGACUGCAAGAGUUUUCACCGUCACCAUCACUGAUCUGAGAACAAAAGAUGAGGGCAAUUACUCGUGUGGAGUGAGCACUUCAUAUCUAUUACCUGAUCAAUAUUCAGAGAUUAUUUUGCUUGUUAAACUUGAUGAAAAGAUAACCGGCCAACCAACUAAACGCCACACCGUCCAACCAACUAAACAUCCUGUUGCAAUCACACAGUCUUAUUUCAGCAAAUCAGUGUUCAAUCUACAGUCCACCGGCAUCAAACCCAAAGAUCAGAGUCUCUCAUCAACAGUAGUGUCUGUGGUCUACAUCAGCAUUGGAUUAACACUCAUUGUGAUUGGUUUGCUUGUGGCACUGACAGUGAUAUGUAAGAAGAAGAAUGGAGGGAAAAAAUCCCCAACAGUUACUCAGUCAGGACCUUCAGAUCAAGUUUCCGCUGUGCAUUUCCUACCAGAGAGCACUCCAGCGGAUUUUAACUACUGUGACCAUGAAUAUCAGGAAAUCGGAGAGCUGCAGCUCAAGAACGUCAACUCCACCAUUACCAUGUAUUCCACAGGACCAGCUGACUCCACACCAAAAGCACCAGUUGAUUCCAUGAUCUACACGACCGUACAAACACCAGCUGACUCAAUGAACUACUCAACCUCAGAAGCACCAGCUGAUUCAACGAUCUACUCAACCGCAGAAUCACCAGUUGAUUCAACGAUCCACUCAACCGCAGAAUCACCAAUUGAUUCAACGAUCUACUCAACCGCAGAAACACCAGUUGAUUCAACGAUCUACUCAACCGCAGAAUCACCGGCUGACUCAACGAUCUACUCAACCGCAGAAUCACCAGUUGAUUCAACAAUCUACUCAACCGCAGAAACACCAGCUGACUCAAUGAACUACUCAACCUCAGAAGCACCAGUUGAAUCAACGAUCUACUCAACCGCAGAAACACCAGUUGAUUCAACGAUCUACUCAACCGCAGAAACACCAGUUGAUUCAACGAUCUACUCAACCGCAGAAUCACCAAUUGAUUCAACGAUCUACUCAACCGCAGAAUCACCAAUUGAUUCAACGAUCUACUCAACCGCACUUCUCUAAACUUCUCUUAACUCUGGAAACUUGCAGCACGUCUUUAUACUUCUAAGGAGAUUUUAGCGUCAUCUAGCGGUGAAGUUGUGAAUUGCAACCAACAGCUCACUCCACCCCUCCCUUUCGAAGCACUACGGUGGCUGACACUGGACUAAGAUGUCGUCAGAUGUUCUAUUCUAUUGUAGAAACAACAUGAUGAAUUCAAUGCGAGGGGACCCGCGGUGUAUGCAGAUAGAAAUAACUCAUUCUAAGAUAAUAAAAACAUCUUCAUUAUGCUUCAUUAAGUAAGGUCUUUAUACACCUCUGAACACAUAGUUAUGUAUAUUAGAUUGUAUUUCUGUCAAUUGAUCCUCCUUAAUAUCACACACAGCACCUUUAAGGUUGUGAUCUGCUUGAACUAUUGGAAAGAAUUUAAAUCACUGCUGGUGUUUAAACAGUGUCAGAUUUCAAGCUAUUGAAAUAUUUUCUGCAUUUUAUUUUAGUAUUUGUUUUUAUAAUAGACAUGUGUUGCAUUUAACACAAUUGCGUUCAUAGCAGGCAGCUCAAACAUCAAACAGUAAACAGCUACACUUUAACUUUAGAUGAGACAGGACACAGAAAGUAGAAACUAGAAAGACCAACAUCACAGCCUUUAAAGGAUAGGAACAAAGGGUAAAGUUUGAUUAAAGAGUACAGAUAAGAGCUUUAGUGAGUCUGAUCUGAGACCAGCUGUCACGACUGGCGUGCAAGAGAGAAGAACCCAAGCGCAGGCAGGCAGUGAAGGGGUUAACAGAAAAUAUUUAUUACAAAAACACACAAAACAAAACCCACGAGGGGGUAUAAAACAGGAACUAAACUAAGAAACAAACUUGAAAUAAAAGACUUCCCACGAGGGGGGCAAAAUGAAAACAAGAACACUAAACCAAACUAAAGGACACGACCAAACGUCUUAAAUCAUAAAACACAAAACUCACGAAACACGAACAGGGCAAGGACCAGGAACAUGGGUGAGAGCACAAACAUAAUCCACACAGUACAAUCCACGAGCACAGGACAAAGAAACAUGAGGGUAUAUAUAUAGGCAAGACAAACAAGGGAUAAUUACAUGGGGCAGGUGUGGGACAUUAAACACUCGGGAAAGGAUAACGAGGAAACGAGAUGGCGGGAACAGAGACGAGACACUGGAAAAACACAUGAGAGGCAUAAACAUCUCAUGGUCUUCCCACAUAAAACCCAAGAACUCUGUCCCGAUCCCACCACACGACUAGAAUUUCAUAAACAAGACGGUGGGACCGUGACACCAGCAUUACAAUCCCUGUGAUCUUAUACUGGUCGAGAAUCUGUUUGAUCAUCUUGUGACUAUGACAACAGCACACAUGAUCACACAUUGUAUGAGGAAGAUCACAGUAACACACGCAUGAGACAUGUAAAGUUUAGCAGAUGACUUUUUCAGUAUAUUAUAGAUUUUAGAUCUGAAAAUCAUCAUUGACAGCGAGACGAUCCAGAAUCUGUGUGUCAUCUGUAAGCUCAAGUGAUUUUCAUUUAUUUCAAUCUGUGCAAAUUCUAACUGUUUUAUUUGGAGUCCUUGUUGUUCUUUACAUUGCUGUUGAGCUUUUUUUUUCUUGGUGUUGGUCAUUUUUGCAGAAGUAGUUGUGCAGACAUCAUAGUUUAUUCAUGUGCAUGUUGUGUAGAGAAAGGGAAGGGAAGUGUAAAUGUUUGCUGACUUAUAUAAUUGUGAAUGUACAUCACUUCACUGAUAAACGUAUCAUCUGAUAUAAAACAACCUACAGCCUGUAAAUAAGAAUGUUGUAACCAGUUUUAAAAAU